CCUAGGAAUGUCAACAAUGAAAGAGAACCGAGGAAAAGAGAUCGCAGGAGAGGGGAAACGUCCUGAGGGUCAAGCCCAGGAUCGUCCAACGGCUGGGGACAAAAGAAAGUUCUUGCCUAAGAACAUUGACCUGGAUGGGCUCCCCAGUCGAAGAGAUAAAAGGGUUAAACAAAGCUCGUCCAAGGUGGUCAAGUCCAAACCACCCUCGUCUCAGCCUGCCGUCCAAAUAGUUGAUGUGGACUCGUCCACUCCAGUUGAGUCCACCCCGUCCAAGACUCCUCCCAGAACUCCUGUGGCCAGAUCUACCAUGCCUGGCUCGUCCCAGCCUUCUAUGAAUAUUAUUGCAAAUGAAGACCUGGCUUGGGAACGGUUCCAGAUGGCCGUCAAGGACGAGGAUAUAAACAUGUGCUAUAACAUGGGCUUGAAGGAAUUUGAGCAUUCAGGCGUCCAUGACCUUUUCAAGGCCAUGUCGAAGUUUAUAGCAGCGUCUAGACAGGCAACGGAGCUGGACAAGACGAGAGUCUUGUUGGAGACGAGGAUUCAGGAGGUGAACGCUGACUGUAAGAAAUGGGCUGGGUUUGCUGAAAAAGCUAAGGACGAGGUCAAAGAGCAUAACAAGCUGAUUGAGGAGCUAAGGACGGAUGCAUUGGAGAAGGAGACGCGCAUUGAUCACUUACAACAGGUGAACAAUGAGUUGAAUGCUCGUCUUUCCAAGGCAAGAGAGGACGCUGUGGCUGAGUUCAAGUCGUCCAAAGAGUAUACAGACACUUUGGAUCGCAAUUAUGCAGCUGGUUUUGAAGAUUUCAGAAUGGACGCUGUUGAAAACUUUCCUGAAGUUGACUUCAGCACAAUCAAGCUUAACCUUGCUGCUGCCACAAGCUCUCUCCUCCAGACUGGCUCUGAUGAUGUCAACGUGGAAGACGACGCCAGCACUCAGCCUCCUCAGGACGAGCCUACAGUGAAUGCUCCCCCUUCUUAGGACGGGAUUUUAAACUUUGUAGCUUUGCUUUUUCUUUCUUCU